AUGCAUACAAAUCUUGACCAACAAUUAGAUACAAUAGAACGAAAUAGUAUAGGAUGGAAAUCCUUAACUUAUUAUGAUCGAUCAUUAUUACAACAACUUAAUACUUGUUUACAAUCAUGUUUAUCAGUAACAUCAGAUAAUGCUUUUCUUAAUAUAGUUAUUAAUAGACGCCCACAAGCAUUUGAUAUGUUUGAAUAUAUAUCCUUGCAUUUAUUCAAACAAUGGAAACAUCAAAACCGUUCACUUAUAAAUGAACAAUUAGAUUAUUUAACUACUGUAGGUAGAUUUAAUCGACGUAUAACAUUAACAUUACAAAACGAUAACGAUGAUCCUGUUAGUAUUGAAGAAGACAAUGAACAAAAAGAAAAUAAUCUUGAACAUCAAAAACGUGUCCAAGAAUUAUUAUUUAAUGCUGAUAAUGAAUUAUUUAAUAUUUUAAUGGAAAUUUUACCGAUUAUUAGUGAAAAUGAAUUAGAUUUUAUUGAAAUGAUUUUACCAUGGUAUGAAUCAUAUAUAUUCUUUGAACAUAGUUAUAUUGAUGCAGUAUUAGAUGAAAAAUUUCGUUAUUUUAAUCAACAAAUAAUUCAAUGUUUAAAAUCAAAUGAAUAUGAACGAAGUUUAUUUGCACUAGAUAAUAAUCAGUCAAUGGUAAUAACAGUACGACAUCGAUUUUAUUUAUGUAUAUGUACAAUGGCAAUGGGUACACAUGUUAAUUGUGAUGAUAAUGAAUGUGAAGAAGCAAAAACUUUAUUAGAAUUAUAUUUAUCACGUUAUAAUAUUUUUAUACAUUUUUUCUUAAAUGAAAAUCAAAUAAAUUCAUUGAAUAGUUUAGCUUGUGUAACAGGUAUUGUUACAUAUCUUGUUAAUUAUACAUUAAUUAUUGAUAAUGAUAAUAAUCAACAAUUAUUAUUUGAUUUAUUUUUAAUAAUUCUUCAUGAAAAUUUUUAUAAAAAUAUACGUCUGAAUUGGUCAACAUAUGAAACAAUAUUAAUUGAUUCUAUUAUAUGUUAUUUAAUUAUCUAUUGUUUUAAUAAUCGUUUAUUAAUUCAUCAAUUUCUUCGACUCGAUGAUAAUUAUAUAAAAAAACUUCAGAAUCUAAUUGAUAUCGCUCAAAAAUAUGGUAAUCGUCGUAUAGCAAUAAUGUCACAAUUAUUUUUACUUAUUUUAACAAGUUGUACGAAAAAUGAUGAUUUAUCUCAAACAUUAUUUCUUCAAUGUAUAACAUAUAUACAAAUAUCAUUCGAAAAUAUUCAUUCAUAUCAUUAUAAUCGUAUUCCGAUGAGUAUGUUUUUUAAAAGUAUAAUACAUAUUAUGAAAUGUGAACACAUACAAGAAAUAAUUGCUACACAUUAUUUAAAUUUAUUUACAAAUAUUAUUAUUUUGUAUGAAAAAAACAAUUUAUAUGAGAAUAUAAUUUAUUAUGAAUCGACAAUGAUUAUAUUGACUAUUUUAUGGUCAUUAUCAUUUAAUGAAAAUUGUAAAAAAAAUUUAAAAGAAACUGACCAAGAUUUUUUUAAUAUUAUACUAAAUAUUAAUACAACUACAAAUGAAUCAUCGGUUAAACAAGCUACAUGUGGAUUAUUGUAUAAUCUAGAUAUAUUAGAUGUAUCUCAAAGUAUAUCAACAACUGGUGAUAAUUUUGGUAAAACAAUUGGUAUAAGUUAUGAUCCAUCUGAUUAUGAAAUUGUUCAGAUGAUUGAACAAGAAUUAAAUAAAAAUGGUCAUCGUGUAUGGACAACAUAUGAUCAUAUGAAUGAUCAUUUUAUUCCAUCAUUUAUAUCUAUUAUGAAUGGUACAGAAUAUUUAAUUAUUUGUCUUAGUGAUAUAUAUCAAGUAAAUAAUCGAUGUCGUACAGAACUUCUCUAUGCUACAGCAUCUGGCCGUCGUGUUCUUUCAUGGAAAGUUCAGGCAUUAACAGAUAAUCAAGAAGAAAAUGAACAAAUUCGUAUUCGUGCCAUAGAAACAUUACUUAAACGUAUAACACCAAAUGACAGUGAUAAUACGCAAACAAUUGAUACUGCACAUGUGAAUAUAAAUGUGGAGAGACGUUCUACUCCGACAAAUUUUAAUCGUCGUCGACGUACAAAAGAAAUAAUGAGUUUAGAAAAUUGGACAAAUACAGAAGUUCUUACUUGGUGUCAAGGAAUAGAUUUACCUGGUUUUUUAAAAUUACUUGCUAAUUUUGAUGGUCAAAGUGUUGUGAAAUUAUAUGAUUUUUGUAAACAAAAUUCUACAGAAACUAUUGCCGUACUUAAUAAUGAUUUACAUAAUGUAUGUAAACAAGAAAAUAUUUCAGAUAUUCAAAUAUCAAUUCAUGAAUUUAUUCGAUUUCAACUUGAAGUAGAAAAAGUAUUAUCAACAACCAAUAUUUUGGAAAAUUCAUCAAUAUCAUUAGCAUCAUCAAAACCUGAUAGAUAUAAAAAACGAUCGAAAAUUAGAACUUGUUCAAUUCUGUAA